UUGUAGCGAGUGCACGUCUCCUCUGCUCCCAAACGUCCGCGUACGAUCGCGCAAAAAACUUUUCAGUGCCGUUACGAACUAUCUUUUGAAUAUUGAAAAUUAAAAAAAAAUGAACAAGACCUUUUUGUGGUGUUACUUUAUCUGAGUGCGAAGAGACUUCUCGAGUGAAGGAGUGCUUCGGAGGCUAAUUACAGGCUGCUAGGCUAAUUGGUGGGGCCGGCGUUUCAUGAAGUGUGAGAGACGGACGUCGGGUAGCGGUAGCGGGCAGCAGGGCAGUUGCAGUCCGCACAUGCUGGCCAUGGACGUGACUAAAGAGUCCCGCGCCUCGCCGCUGCCCGCGGCCGCGCAGGCCUCCGGCACCGCCACACAACCGCCGCCGCAGCCGCAGAUCUGUGCGGGCUGCAGUAAGGUGAUAACGGAGCGGUACUUGCUGAAGGCUCUUGACCAGUUGUGGCACGAGGAUUGCCUGAAGUGCGGCUGCUGCGACUGCCGGCUCGGUGAGGUCGGACACACGCUCUACACGCGUGCUAACCUCAUACUCUGCAAAAGGGAUUAUUUAAGGCUGUUCGGUAACACGGGCUAUUGCGCGGCGUGCAACAAGGUGAUCCCCGCGUUCGAGAUGGUGAUGCGCGCGCGCAGCAAUGUCUACCAUCUGGAGUGCUUCGCCUGCCAGCAGUGCAAUCAUAGGUUUUGUGUGGGCGAUCGCUUCUACUUGUGCGAGAACAAGAUCCUAUGCGAGUAUGAUUAUGAAGAACGGCUUGUGUUCGCAAACAUGGCUUACAAUCCUCCGCCGCUAGCGCAUCUCAAACGACAGACCACCCAUCUUUCCCCACCACCGACAAGCAACGCGAUGAGCCUAAUGAAUGGAUCGGGCCGCUCCGGUGACAUGAACAACAAUAUGUCGGGCUCGAGCACGGCUGCGUUCGUGCCCCCGCCGCACCUCAAGCCCCUAGGCCUGUCGGCAACCAGCUGAGACUACCGCGCCUGAGAUACGGCCCACCCGUACACCAAGUAUCAUAAUUGAACAGCUAAGAUGGUGUCGGUGAAAUGUGUCGGCGUUAGUACUAAAGUUUGGACAAGCAAUAUCACUGAUUUCGGACUUAUGUUAGUGAAAUAUGUCGGUGUGCUAAAGUUUAGGACAAUAUGUUAGUGAAAUGUGUCGGUAUUGAUAUUAAAGUGACAAUCAAAUCAUCAAUGUCUGAAUACUAAUGUCGGUGAAAUGUGUCGGUAUUAGUUUAGAUUAAUAAUGGUGGCAAAGUGUGUUGUAAUCUGCAUUGGAUAGUACAGACAGACAGUUAUAAAAUUGUAUCGAUAUAAAGUGUUUAUCGUGUUAAUGUAAUAUGCCAAAACUUUUAAUAGUUAACGAUCUCUGUAUCUUAGAAGUGAAUAAUAGCUUCGAUAUUUAAUCGUUAUAAUGUUAAUGUCUAUUUAGAGAUCUCAGAAAGGCAGUACUAAAUAAACUAAGUGAAUGUAAGAAAGGUACGGUUUCGUAUAUAACCGACAAGGAAUGCAUGUUUUAAGACUGUCAGUCAUUGUAUUCUAUAGUGUUGAAAUGUUUAUGUAAAUAUUAAAAUAUAAUAAUAAUUUUUAUUUACUUUCUAUAUUAAAUCACUCGUUUAUGUAUUAGUGAAGUAGAGUUGAAUUGGUAGAUGGAUUAUGUAUGUCGAUCAAAUAUAUUAUUUUUAAUACUUCGUUUAUAUAUUUUUGGCUUAGCCAUCAAUUUAUUAUUUGAAUUCUGUCUUUGUUA